ACCACAACAGCUAAGUGCAUAAUGCGCACACUCAGAGCCUCAGACACGUAUGCACUCACCUCCACUCUCUCUUCUCACUUCUCAGCUAACCCCGGAAAGACAACAAAGAGAACUAUACUUUUUUUCUCUUCACUCUGUGUGCGCAUUUCACUCCCUGCGCUUCUUAUCCGAACCCCUUCAAAACCCUAGAUCUCUCGAAUUUCUCCAUGGAGGCUCCAUUUCUACUGCUAAUUCUAGUAAUGUCAAGCUUUCUAGUCCAAAACACUGUAGAAUUAGCUACUUUCUCGUCCAGGCUGAUACACAGAUUUUCUAAGGAAUAUAAGGAAGUUAGCGUUUCGAGGGGAGGGGACGUGAAUGGCACGUGGUGGCCGGAGAAGAAGAGCAAGGAAUAUUACCAGAUACUAGUCAGCAGUGACUUAACGAGGCAGAAAUUGAAGCUUGGUCCUCAUUAUCAGCUUCUCUUCCCUUCUCAGGGUAGCAAAACGAUGUCGCUUGGCAAUGACUUCGGCUGGUUGCAUUACACGUGGAUUGAUAUAGGGACGCCACAUGUAUCGUUUAUGGUGGCUUUGGAUUCUGGGAGUGAUUUGUUUUGGGUACCUUGUGAUUGUGUGCAAUGUGCUCCUUUAUCUGCUAGUCACUACAGUAGUUUGGAUAGAGAUCUUAGUGAAUAUAGCCCAUCUCAGUCAAGCACCAGCAAGCAAUUGUCUUGCAGUCAUCGGUUGUGUGACAUGGGUCCAAAUUGCAAAAACCCAAAGCAGUCAUGCCCUUACAGUAUCAAUUAUUAUACAGAAAGUACAUCAAGUUCUGGAUUGCUGGUUGAGGACAUAAUACAUCUUGCAUCUGGUGGUGAUGACACAUUGAAUACUUCUGUGAAGGCUCCAGUGAUCAUAGGAUGUGGCAUGAAGCAAAGUGGUGGUUACUUAGAUGGUGUUGCUCCUGAUGGUCUUUUGGGUUUGGGCCUGCAAGAAAUCUCAGUUCCAAGUUUUCUUGCUAAAGCAGGAUUAAUUCAGAAUUCUUUCUCAAUGUGCUUUAACGAGGAUGAUUCAGGGAGAAUAUUCUUUGGUGAUCAGGGACCAGCUACCCAACAAUCUGCUCCAUUUCUGAAAUUAAACGGGAACUACACAACCUACAUUGUUGGAGUGGAGGUUUGUUGUGUUGGCACUUCUUGUCUUAAGCAAAGUAGCUUCAGUGCACUGGUGGAUAGUGGCACAUCAUUUACAUUUCUUCCAGAUGAUGUUUUUGAAAUGAUUGCCGAGGAGUUUGACACACAAGUAAAUGCUUCGAGAUCUAGCUUUGAAGGGUAUUCUUGGAAAUAUUGCUACAAGACUAGUUCGCAGGACUUGCCCAAGAUUCCAUCUUUGAGGCUUAUCUUUCCUCAGAACAACAGCUUUAUGGUCCAGAAUCCUGUUUUUAUGAUCUAUGGCAUUCAGGGAGUUAUUGGCUUUUGUUUGGCAAUUCAACCAGCGGAUGGAGAUAUUGGAACAAUUGGACAGAAUUUCAUGAUGGGAUAUCGGGUGGUCUUUGAUAGAGAAAAUUUGAAGUUAGGGUGGUCAGGUUCUAAUUGUGGAGAUGAAGGUGAUGGUAAGACGUUGCCGCUUACUCCAUCUGGGACACCCCAGAAUCCACUGCCAACCAAUGAGCAGCAGAGCACUCCUGGAGGACAUGCAGUUUCACCUGCUGUUGCUGUAAACGCACCCUCCAAACCAUCAGCUGCUUCAAGCCAACUAAUUUCAACUCGGUUUUGUUUGUUAAAAUGUCUGCUGCCACUGUAUCUUCUGCAUCGGGUUGUUUCAGCUUCAUGAGUAAAUACUGGCUGUCUACGAGAUACAAGUUCUAUUCUUUAUAUAUAGCCCUACUUGUAAAUUAAGUCCUUUUUCUUUUAUAUGUAUACAAGUAUAUGUGGAUCGGUCCUAUCAUCAAAUGGCAUCGGUUUUCCCCCUCCUAUGGCCAUUUGGCUGAUUGGACUUUGAGGACAAUAUAUUGUCUGCUCUGUUUUUCCUUAA